AUGUAUGAUAGAUUAGGGUUUAUGUUGGUUGGUCGUUUGGAUGUUUUAGGUGUUGAUUUUGAGGAGACACAUUUAUUUGCACAAGAUGACUACCGGAAAGAGUCAGAUCCCGACUACAUAGCUCUAAGUGAAAGCGAAGAAGAUUGUGAUGUCUCUGGAGAGAGUGAUUUUGAAGAAAGUGAUGAUGAAAGGUUGGAAAAUGAGGAAAGGGAUUGUAGUCCAUUGCCCCGACGCCAUGAUGAGACACCCGAAGGAAUGGACAUUGGUGUUUGUUUCAAAUCUCAAUCAGAAGCAAAGCAUGCUAUGAAAUUAUGGAACAUCCAUCAUAAAAGGGAAUAUACGGUCGCCGCGAGUAGUGCAACGACGUGGGCUGUGCGGUGCAGAACAAUAAAUGUGGAAAGUGAGGAUGGUGAACCACCAUAUGAGCGUAAGAUGCGUGUGUCUUUGAAAGCUCACGGCCUUCAUGAAAUUGUGAGAUGGCAUGACGCACAUAAUUGCAUGGCUCCCGUGAAUAAUAAUGACAAUCAGUGUGUGGACGCGUCUUUGAUUGCUAGACUCAUCAGGAGAAAGGUUGAGGACAACGUAAAUUAUACGGUAGCCUUGGUACAGAAAGAUGUGAAGACCUUAUUGAAAGUAGAUGUGCCAUACAAAAGGGCGUGGCACGGGAGGAGGAAAGCCAUAGAAGCGGUCUAUGGUGAUUGGACCUCGAUUUUCGAAGAACUUCCACGGUAUAUCACUGCGCUUAAGUUUACUAAUCCUGAGACUGUAGUAGAGUGGGAAUGGAAGGAGGGACAAGAAGGGUUGUUGAGCGCAAUGCCACAGAUGGAUGAAAGGUGUGAUUUAGGUGAUGGUGGCCACUUUCUUUGCCUCCGCCACGUUCGCAGCAAUCUUGUGUCACAAUAUAAUAGCAAAAAGGUGAAGCGGUUAUGUUGGAAGAUAGGCAAGACACUUUCAAGAGUGAAAUACAACUGUAUGAGGGCAGAGCUUAUUGAAUUCAAACCUGCUGCAUGGGAGUAUCUCGAGGGAUUGGAGGGAGUAAUUGGGCUCGAUUGA